GUCUGUAUGGGCGCAAGCAUUUGAAGCUAACGAACCUAAAGUCUUUGCUGAAUCACAAAUUUAAGUAAAUAUAUCAAUAGUGCAGCAGUAUUUAAAUUACAAAACCUAUCAAAAUGAAAGCAAUGGCGCGUACGCCACUCCGUGUUCCCAAGACGCCUCGUCAAAUGCAGGCACAAAUGCAUACAGAAAAGCGACGAGACGUCUCUAAUAAACAACAGGAUCCUGUGAAUGUAUUUUGCCGAGUGCGUCCACUGCAGUCGGAAGGCGAUUUGACCUGCCUGCGUGUCAAGAAUUCGACCACAAUCGCGAUCAAUCCCCAGGAUCAACUGCUGCAGCAUCAUCAGAAAAACCAAAACGGCGCCCAGCGCGAGUUGCAGUACAUCUUCAAACAUGUCUUUCAGCCAGAUGCCACUCAGCAAGAGGUUUUCGCGGCCGUUGCUCAGCCGCUGGUCGAGAACCUGGUCCGCGGCAGGAAUAGUUUGCUCUUCACUUACGGUGUGACGGGCAGUGGAAAGACCUACACAAUGACGGGAAACGCUCGGCAUCGCGGUAUAAUGCCUCGUUGCUUAGAUCUACUGUUUCGCACCAUCUCUGACUAUCAGGCAAAGAAGUUUGUGUUCAAGCCGGAUCGGUUGAAUGGCUUUGAAAUACUUUCGGAAGAGGAUGCGCUGCUCGAGCGGCAGCAGGAGAUGAAUCAACGAUUUGCAGGAGCCGGGCGAUUUGCGUUUCGACGCAAGGACUCAGACCCGGAGAUCGCAUCACAGGCCUCGGUGGAGCCAUCGCCGCUGACCGUGCUCGAUGAGGACAACAUGUACUCAGUGUUCAUUACCUAUGUGGAGAUGUACAACAAUAGCGUCUACGAUCUGCUCGAGGACUCCGGCGUGCAGAAAUCCUUGCAGUGCAAAAUCAUACGCGAGGACGCGAAUCACCAGAUGUUCGUGCAUGGCGUUACCGAAGUGGAAGUCAAGACCGUGGAGGAUGCUCUCGAUGUCUUUCAUAUGGGCCAGAAGCGCAAGCGCAUGGGCAACACAAUCCUAAAUGCAGAGUCCAGUCGCAGUCACUCCGUAUUCAAUAUACGACUUGUCCAAGCGCCCACCGAUUGCCAGGGCGAGCGCGUGAUCCAAGACAAGCACACGAUCACCGUUAGCCAGCUGUCGCUUGUCGAUUUGGCUGGCAGUGAACGCUCCUCCCGCACCAAGAACACGGGCGUACGUCUCCGUGAAGCGGGCAACAUUAACAACUCGUUGAUGACGCUUCGCACUUGCCUCGAGUAUCUGCGCGAGAAUCAACAGCUGCCCCCGAAUGUGCCUCCCAAGAAGAUACCAUAUCGCGACUCGAAGAUCACGCACAUGUUCAAGAACUACUUUGAUGGCGAAGGGCAGGUGUCCAUGAUCGUGUGCAUCAAUCCGCGCAUCGAGGACUACGAUGAGAACAUGCAAGUCAUGAAGUUUGCAGAGAUGACUCAAGAGGUGCAAAUAGCCCGCGCCACGCCCAUGAAGCCAGACCUGGGUCUUACGCCCGGUCGCCGCAAGGCCAACAAACUGUUCAAGAUUGCCGUUAACAAUCUGAACGAGCUGGGCAUACCCGAGGCCAAGCAGCUGGAGGUGGAUGUGGGUUUGGUUUACAGCUUGGGCGCCGACUUUCCACACUAUCAAAUGGAUAGUCCGGAGGCCGCGUGCAAGAUACAGGAGCUAAUGGAGUAUCUGGAGCAGCGGAUCGAUAAGCGACGCAAACUGCGCGCCAACAUGGAUGUUAAGUGUAGGAUUGAGAUUUUCCUUUCUUCGUAUCAUGCAUUCUUCAUAAAUUCCCAUUUCCCCGUUAGNCAGCUGCGGACGGAGCUGGCCUCCAUGAAGGCCGUCUACAAGCAGGAACGGGAACGGAGCGCCGCCCUGGAGAACAAGGUGCGCAUACACGAGAGCUCCAUUGAUGUGCUGAACAAUACGCUGAGCAAACGGGACCGGCAGAUCCAGGAACUCAGCCAGAAGCUCAGCGAACAGGAGCAACUGCUCACGCAGAAGGAGCAGGAGAAAGAGAAACAGAAAAAGAAGUACAAUUCCAAACUGGCCGUUGAAUCGGAUAAGAACAAACGCGAAUUCGAUAUGAAGCUGCGUGAACAACGCGCCAAAAUGCAGGAGCGCAUGCGCAUCAAGGACGAGAAGUUGCGCUUGGUGUCCAAUAUACUACAGUCUGAGGAUGUGCCCAGCUUGCCGCGUUCCCACAGCUCAGAGAAUCUGCUGAACGACAAGGAUCGCGGUGGCUUCACCACGCGCACAGAGUCCACAGCAGCACCUACGACUCGCACGGACCUCUACUGUACUCCGAGACAUGGCUUGGCAGCUGCCAACAACAGGCACCGCAGGUCCCGUUCCGCCGGCGAUAAAUGGCUGGAGCAUCGUGCCGCCAAUCCUGUGCCACUUGGCACGAUUAUGCAGCCGUAUCUGAAGAAUCGUAAAUCGGUUACGAAGCUAACCGACAUGAAGGAGCUAACCGGCCAUGGAGCCAACAAAUAUUGCCUUGUCUCCCAGGAGGCUGACACCGAUGGCGAUGUGGAGACGAAACUGUACAAGGGCAACGUAAUACCCACUUGUGGCGGCGGCGCUCAAGUCGUGUUCGAUGACGUCGAGUGCCUCAAGCAGAAGUCACCCGUCCAUUCGCCUACGCGCAAACGGCCUAGCAACGGCAAUUUGUCGUCCUCGGCAUUUGGUGGCCCAUUGCCGACGAGCACCACUGGCCUGACAUCCGUGCAGGAUGUGGCCUCGCGCUGCAAUCUGGGCAUCGAAGGGCACAGCAGCAAGAAGUCCAAGAUGUGAACGAUAUACUCUUACAUACCCGUAUUAUCAGAACAUUAUAUCAGAUGUUUUGCUUUCCAGUUAAUUAUGUAUUAUACUCAGUCUCGAUUUAUAAGUUGAAUCAUCAAUGAAGUGAUUUGUUUUAAGUUUACGAACACAAUUAAAGAAGUCAAUUAU